AUGGACUUUGUCUCCUGCUCUGGGAUCCAGAAGGUCACUGUCCCUGACCCCCUGUUUCAAUUACCCUUUGUUUUUCCUGCAGGAAACAUUUCCCUCAAGUGCAUGCAAGACACUGACCAGUUCCUUUCUGAUCUGAAUUCAGUGGAGCCCAAAGAAUAUGCUCUCAGAAUGUACGACUCCGUUGGGAAACUUGGGAGCAAUGUCCUCGGCGGAAACGUGGACAGGCUGGGAUCUUACAGCGAGUGCCUCUCCACCCAUGCGCCCUCAGGGAGCUUCCGGGGGCGGUACUGCAAGCUUCAUGUCCAGCAGGAUGGAGCUGACUACAGUGUGGCCGUGUGUGUCCCAGACUCUUGUGCGGAAGACGAUGUGACUGCGCUGUCUCAGCUGGAUAUUUUAAAAUUCAGAAAUGCUUCCUUUUGGGCUCCAUCUCUCUCUCUCUUUACAACGAAUUCGUCUCCCUCAUCUGGUGGGGGCGUGGCCAGAUGUGCUACUGGAAGGCUCCCCCUGGACACGUUUGCUGCCGGGUGUCUGGUCCUCACCCUGCUCGGCCUCGCCCUCCCUCUGGCUGGGACUGCAUAUGUGUCAGCCAGAGGCUGGGGGGCGGACCGCAGGGCGUCCCCCGCUCACGGGGCACAUUCGGCCACCUACGGAAGUCUGCCUUUGAGAGAAACAGAGAGGAGCGGACCAAGAAACAGAAUCCAGGGGACGGGUGGCUCACUGCCAGGAACCCUGAGCAGAGGAAAAAGGUUUCUAGGAGCCGUGGACCAUGCUCUGAAAUGCUUUUCUUGGCAGAAGACUAUGCCGGCCAUCUGGACUACCAAGACGCCAGGAAACACGUGCUCUGCCCUGAACGGCAUCCGAGUCUUGAGUCUCCUCUGGAUCAUGUUGGGGCACACUGGUCAGAUGACUGCGUGGCUGUCUCUGGACAACGUGCUUGACUGGAGAGCCAGGGUGCUGAAAAACCCGCUGUACCUUUGCUCCCGGAGUGGCCCAUUCUACCUGGGCGUCGACACGUUCUUCCUGAUCAGUGGCUGGUUAAGUGUGAAGUCAUUUUUAAAGAUGCAGCAGCCUUCAGAAAAAGGAAUAACUGCUCAUAUCAUACUGAGAUACUGCUUUAAUCGCUUUAUAAGGCUGCAGCCUCUCCACAUGUAUUCCGUGUGCUUGUUGGUUGGACUGUUCUCCCUCGUGCCCUGGGGACCCGUCUGGGAAGUGCCGAAGCUCCACCUGGACAACUGCCGGCAAGCGUGGUGGACGAACUUGCUGUUGCUAAAUAACUUCCUGUCGGUCCGCAAUGCGUGCAACGGCUGGACGUGGUACCUUGCCAACGACUUUCAAUUCCACCUCAUGACACCAGUGAUCGUCUUUGUCCAUGGAAAAAGUAAACAUGUCCUUGUCCUCCUCGGGGCCAUGCUGUUCUUGGCUUCUUUCACUGCCACUGCUUUGCUCACACUGGCUCAUGACCUUCCUGUGGCGGCUCCAUCAGAAGCCAGUGAAAAGGCAACCGUGUUGUAUUUCUCGGAGUACUACACUAAGCCCUACUGCCGAUCCGGGCCGUUCCUCGUGGGUGUCUUUCUGAGCAUUUACAUGCACCAAGACCACCGGGUGAGCACCCUCAGAACCAAGGUGCAGGUGGUGCUCGGGUGGACUUGCUCCCUGGCCACCCUGUUUGCGGUGGUCGCCGUGGCUUACACAGUGGACGACACCACGGGCACCUGGCCGGCUGCCGCUGCUGUCUACCAGGCCCUGCACCGGACCCUGUGGGCGGCCGCGCUGGGCUGGGUCGUGUUUGCGUGUCACGAAGGCUACGGAGGUCUGGUGGCCCGGCUGCUCUCUUGCGGCGCCUGGAGUUCCCUGGCCAGCAUCAGUUACGCUUGCUACUUGGUGCACCCGAUCGUCAUCAUCCUCUACAACGGACUUCAGGAAACACUCAUUCACUACACGGACAUGAACAUGUUCUACCUUUUCUCCGGACACUGUGUGUUGACCUUCAUCGCUGGGCUGGCCCUGACGCUCUUCAUGGAGAAACCGUAUCAGGAACUGAAGCGGUGCCUUCUGGGAUUGAUGCCUGCAGGGCCAGGGACGGUCGAGUAA